AUGCAAUACCUUCCAUCAGUCAAGCGCAAGGUAAAAGAGCUGCCACUGCGGACGAAGCAUCUAUCUUCCCUCCACUCGAAGCUGAAUCAACGUCUGCCUCUCUCUAUGAGAAACUCCAUUGGAGAAGAUACGGCCCCAACGCCGUCAUCCUGCCCGUUCCUUCCCACAACAACACCGUACAGAGCAGCGCACCAGCGCGGCACCAGCCCGCCGCGUACCACUCUGGCACUGCAGUGGAAUCUAAACGGGUUUUUCAACAACAUCUGCGACCUAGAACUGCUAGUAGCCAAUUCCGAACCUCUGGCCAUAGCACUCCAGGAAAUCCACAGGACCACGCCAACUGCCAUGGACCGCGCUCUCGGCGGUCGCUAUAAGUGGUUCGCGGACACAUCCCCACCACAGAAAUACUCGUCGACGCUGGAAAUUCCGAUGGUAGCCGUCAGAGUCGAAUGGUCAUUUCCACUAACCAUCGCAUCCCUAUACAUUCCGAAUGGGAAACACAACGACUUACGCAACAAGUUGGUGGGUACCUUCGAAAGCCUACCAGCCCCGGUGCUUAUUCUCAGAGACGUGAACGGCUACUACCACUCCUGGGGUAGCCGUUCCGACAACACCCGCGGCAAACUAGUUUUCAGCGCUGCUUCGGAUACGGGUCUAACCGUUCUCAAUGAUGGCUCACCCACUUUCCGGCGUGGAACAACGGAGUCAGCCAUCGACGUAUCGCUAGCGUCGAGCGCUAUUGUAGGCAAGCUCCUCUGGUCCUCGGACGAUGACCCGCGAGGAAGCGACCACAUGCCCAUCAUGUUGGCGCUCAACGGCAAACCUGAAGAAAUCUACAGAAGACCGAGGUGGUUAUACGAUCGCGCCGACUGGGACGGCUACCAACGAGUAGUCGAGGCCGAGCUGGAAGCAAAUCCACCAACAUCAGCAACAGAGCUAUCCGAAGUCAUCCUCCGAGCGGCCGAAAGCUGCAUACCAAAAUCGAGCCCCAACCCAGGACGAAAGGCGGUACACUGGUGGAACGACACCGCCAAGAAAGCCGUCAAGCGUAGGCGCAAAGCUCUCCGAGCGCUAAAAAGGGGAAAAGACCGACUGCAAGCAGGACACCCUGACCUCGAAGAACUCCGUACGGAUUACCAAGCCGCCCGCAACGAGUGCCGGCAAACCAUCAGGGAAGAAAAAGAGAAAAGCUGGACAAACUUUCUGGACGGAAUCAACAGCAACCAACCCUCCGCCGAGCUUUGGCGUCGAGUGAAUUGCUUCCAAGGCAAGCGCAAAUGCAAAAGUGCGAUCCAGAUCCCACCCGACAGCGGAGAAGAAUUCAACAGGCCUUUCACGUUCGCUGAGCUGGAGUACGCCCUCCAGAAGGGAAAGGGCAAGUCAGCCGGCCCCGACGACCUGGGCUACCCCAUGUUGAAGCACCUGCCCGUCGGCGGAAAAACCACCGUCCUCAGCUCCAUCAACAAGGAGUGGCAAGAAGGAACACUCCCGACACAAUGGAAGUCCAGCUUCGUCGUGCCCAUUCCGAAAGGCCGCGGCUCUCCCAACGACGUCCCCAACUACCGACCCAUCGCCCUCACCAGCGUAGUCUCCAAGAUAAUGGAGAGAAUGGCCAAUCAGCAGUAG